AUGAGAUGGUUUGAUGGCCUCAGGUCAAAUUCCGUAGGUUCCUUUAAGCAGCUGACCCAGGCCUUUGGCUUUUGCUUCAUCACAAGUAGUAGGGUUUCUCGGCCCUUGGAUUCUCUGCUGUCUUUGUCCAUGCGAGAAGGGGAGACCCUGAAAGCCUACUCGAACAGGUAUUGGGAGAUGUAUAAUGAGAUAGAGGGUAACUAUGACGACGUCACCAUCAGCACUUUCAAGAGCGACCUCCCAACUAAGCAUGGUUUAAGAAAAUCCCUAACAGGAAAGCUUGUCACCAACCUGCGCCAACUCAUGGACCAGAUCGACAAGUAUAAAAGGGUUGAAGAAGACCAGCAGUUGGGAAAAAUUAAAGCGAAGGUUUUGGAGAAGAUCAAGAACAAGCCGUUUUUCAAAUGGCCAAAUAAGAUGGCAGGAGACCCCAUGAAGCGCAACCAAAACUUGUAUUGCCAAUACCACCAAGAACCGGGGCACACCACCAAGGACUGCAGGAACUUGAGGAACCACUUGGACCAGCUAGUCCGAGAAGGAAAAUUAAGGCACCUCCUACAUCAUCUUCGUGGUCAACAAGCACAAGCGAAUCCUGAGGCCUAG